UCAUAAAACACUCGUCGUUGCCUGCUUGGCUUAUACAUACGCAAUCUGGGAUAAUUAUUGACAUCAAUAUUUCGGCAGAAACUUGUCACCUGAUUACGGUUGUAUCCAAGCAGCAGAGGAAGCAAGCAAACCGGAGACCUCUUGUGCAUUGACAUUUCAAGGAGUGAAAGAUGGCCUCAAACUCAACCUUCACCCCUACAUCUCUAAUCCUGACCUCCAAAAUCCCCCGAAAUAAGAGCACGGUAGUGCCAAGGCCCAGUCAAGAACACAACAUGGUGCUGAUCGUCAUCUACACGCUGGUUCUGCUCAUUGGCGCCACCAGCCUGAGUCUGACAAUACUCAUCAUGAAGUUGAGGACGGCGUCCACCACGUCCAUCGCGGUACUCAAUCUUGUCUUCGCCCACUUCCUGUUCCUCCUCACCGUGCCGUUCCGGAUCUACUAUUACGCGACUCAGCAAUGGAGCCUCGGCUUAGGCUGGUGCAAAGUGGUCAGCAGCAUGAUCCACAUCCACAUGUACAUGUCUUUCAGCCUCUACGUGAUCAUCCUGGUCACGCGCCUGCUGGCGUUCUACGGCAAGCGUGGGCCGAUGGCGUCCCCGCCGAGGAUUUACGCGCUGGCUGCCAGCGUCGUGGUGUGGAUUCUGAUGUUUGUCUGCGUCACUUGCAUCAUCUGUUUCCUUUACGGUAAAAAUACCGACUCUGACAGCCAGCCUCAGUGCUUCAGAUUUGGCAAAAAGAUAGACUCCACUGCCGUGGUGAUCAACUACAUCAUCAGUACUUUGUUCAUAACGGUCACCAUCGUGCUGUGCGGCCUCCAAGUCAAUGUCCUGUGGCUUUUAUACAGGAAGCACCAACAGCUUUGCACUUCCCAGCAGGACUUUGACGCUCAGCUGAAGAGCCUGUGCUUCGUCAUCAUCAUGGUGGUGUGCUUCAUCCCCUACCAUGUAUUUCGAUUCUAUUACUUGGAGAACAUUAGUAGGCUGCAGGAUCUUAAUGAGCUGUUUCUGAGUUUGACCACCUUUAACUGCUUGGACAUGCUCACCCUGUUGGGAAGGAGGACAUGCUCCUUGUGCUUGCCGGGAAGGGCAAUUUAAACCAUUUACUCAGUUGGUCCAAAUACCACCACUCUUUCUUGACACCUUAUCCCCACAUUCGGAUUAUAAAUCCUAACUUUUAGGAUAUAAUCAUGCUUCAACAUCGCAUGUCAUGUAAAUGCUACCUCUUUGCUAUGUCUGGAUUGAAAAUAAGAAUAUGCUGUUAAUUGACAUACCCUGGACAAAUUCAGUUUUAAUAAAUAUAUAAAUAUAUGUAUAAACAUAUGUACAGCAAUUUACCGUAACUGCACAGUUGUGAUUUUACAGUUAAUUAUCAUGAAGUUCCAACUAAAUGCUGUAACUCUGCAAUAGUAGUUUUAUUGUUAUUGUUAUAUACAUCCAGUGUUUCAGUUCAGUUCAAGUUUAUUUCGAACAUGCAUACAAUACAAUGUAAUGCAUCACAUAUUUCCAGUUGUUUCAUUACAGCACGUCCGGAAAGGAGUUGGAAGAAGAUGAGUUUAUUUAAUCCUACCCCCUUUUCAUACCAUAGCAAUUUUAUGCAAUUUCUUUAUUUUCUGUAACAUAACAGUGAACAAAUAAAUAAUAACAAAUAAUAUACCGUAGUAAGUGAACAAAUAUUAAAUACAUAAAUUAUGUUUGUCUCAAUAAAAAUAAAUAAAAAAAGGGUUCAAAAUGUU